AGAUAGCUGGAACUCUCGGACACUGCCAAGGAGAUCCUACAAGAUGCACACUUCCCCGCUGACCUGAAACAAGUCCUGUAUGUCCGGCUCUCACGCCAACGCGAUCAGCCUGCAAGGAUAUGAACAAAGUUUACUCUCAGACAACAGCUCGGGCUCCCCUUCCGACCCAAGCGCACGCGUACCAACAGCAUCGCAAUCCCAACCCUCACUCCACUCUCAACUCAAUAAUUUUUAUGAUAGUAAAAAACAACGAUAUCUCACUCGCGUCCAUUAAUUGCAAUAAACUACUUACACUCAACAAAACACAACUCGUUCGACAUAUCAAACAACAGCAACCACAUAUCAUCACUAUGCAAGAAACACAUAUAUCAACACCCUCUCAGAAGGACAAAUUCCACCGUUAUUUCAAUCAUUCUGGACACAUCAUUGCGGCAUCGUAUCACUUAGCGCCGACCUCAGUCUCACACCAAUCUCAGUAUUCGAUAACCCUCAACAUCUUCUCGUUAAAGUCGAACACCACCAACGACUUUUUCAGCCUUUUUAUAUACUUACCAUCUAUGCACCAGCAACGUCGCCAACCCAACGACGGCAAUUUUUCACAUCCCUCUACAACUCAACCAUCUUAAUCAACAACAUCCCUAUCGGAACGAUUGAUUCUCUCUGAGGAUUUCAACUAUAGCGACCAACGCUCAGGGUACCAUCUCAACGCACCGUCAGCCUGGUUCACUAUGCUACAACAACACUUCAUCAACUGCAUCAACC